ACACACACACACACACACACACACACACCCACACACACAGACCAGCUGGGGGUGUCUCGUCACUCACAAUCAGGUGAAGAGGAGGAAACAGGACGCAGCUGCAGCUCUGUAGUUCAGGGACAAAUCUUCACAGCGGAUACUUUGUUGCUACGUGUUCCUCCUUCCUCUGACUCCUGGAUCUGCCUGUUGAACACUUUGGUUUCCCCCCACUCUGAGUGGGUUUUUUUGUUGUCACACAUGGCUGCCAUCAAGGCUCUGGAGCUGUGGUGUAAAGCUCAGUGUGACGGUUACAGAGAUGUGGCCAUCAGCAACAUGACGACCUCUUUCAGGAAUGGACUGGCUUUUUGUGCGCUUAUUCACAAAUACAGACCAGAUCUCAUAGACUAUGACUCACUCAGAAAGGAGGAUGUGUUUGAGAACAACAGGCUGGCUUUUCAGAUCGCAGAGGAGAAGUUGGGCAUUCCAGCUUUACUGGAUGCAGAAGACAUGGUGGCUUUAAGGAUCCCUGACAGGCUGAGCAUUCUGACCUACGUGUCCCAGUACUACAACUACUUCAAGGGACGGCCUCCAAUGGGAGGUGUAAAAAGGCCAGCAGAGGGCUCCAAGGAGGAGCCAUCAGAGAAGAAAAARCACCCAGUGGUUGCCAAAAUCUUUGAGCCUAAAAAAGCCACGGAGAAGUGUUCAUCGUCCGUUCACUCAGCUCGUCCCUCAUCAAACGCUGAAAGACCUGCUGCUCAGAAGGUGGUUUUGACCGACAAUGCGAACAAAGGAGGGACUCUGAACAGCAAAUGUGUUGCAUGUAAGACUCACGUCCAUCUGGUUCAGAGGCACUUUGUGGAAGGAAAGCUUUAUCACAGAAGCUGCUUCAAGUGCAACGAGUGCUCCAGCGUACUUCAUGCAGGAGGCUACAAACCUGGGAAGAACCCAGACACGUUUGUCUGCAACUCCCACCAGAACGGUUCCAAAACGUUCUUCUUGGAUGCGGAAAUCAAAAGUGGAGUUGCUAAUUCGGUUGUACAACCAAACGGUGCCACCCAGAAACUGCAGGCGCCACGUUUCUCUUCAGUGCUGUCAGCCCCAGCAGAUACAGUUCUGAAGCCCUUAAAUCCCAACCCACAGUCCCAGUCCUGGACGGCCUCGGCUCAGAAGACGCAGGCGGCGCGGCAGAAGUUUUUCCAGGCUGCCCCACAAGUUACUGAAGCCUCAGCGGGAAUCAGAAAACCUGUAGACCAGGUAAAAAGUCUGAAGGUCCCUUUGGGUUCUGAUGAGAGAAACUCUGCCAGAUUGUUGAUUGGGAGGAAACUAGCAGAGGAAAACUGCAACAACAACAAUGGACACCUGUUUACCAUCCGAACUGCGGAGAGGCGGUUUUUGGCUGACCCAGUUUCAGCUGACUUCCUCAGUUUGAAGAAGGAUAAAUGCAGCCAAGACCCGGCAGGAAGCUGUGAAGGACCGAGCUGCAGCAUCCAGACAAACAAGAAAUCACAAUGUCCGGCCAUCAACAACGACAACACCGGGCUAACAACAGAACACACAACUGCCAAAGCCACACAGGAGUGGCAAACAAAACUCAAACCUGUGAAAACUCCUCUGAAACUAAAAGAUUCUGAGCUUGAUGUCUUGYCUGAACCCCAUAAAUCUGAUUUGAAGUCCAUGACUCUAGACCACAUCUCUAUCGGUACAAAACUAUCGGCUCCAAAACCUCCUGGACUUAGCUUUGCUUUGUUUGAUCCUGGGUGCUUGAAGGAAGUCGGUCCCCAGAAGCCUCUGCCUGUUUCUGAAAACUGUGGCUUUAAACCUGGAAGUUCUUCACCUGUGAAAUCUCCACUCAGACCACCAACCCUAAAAUCUACCAGCUCAACCACUGGUUUAGACAAUCCUGGAAAUCCAACAGCUGCUAAAAAGGGAAAGUAUUUGUCACCCACCAACGCCUUCAGGACCGAAAUGAGGUCACCCUCUAUAAAGUCUUAUGUCCCAGUGGAGCAGAUCGAGAAGGAGUUGGACGAUAUUGAGAUGAACCUUGGUCAGCUGGAGAGAGAGGGGGUCGAGCUGGAGAAGAAACUUCGCAGCUUUGAGGACAAGGAGGGAGGGGACAUAUUGAUGGACCCACUGAUGGUCGACUGGUUUAACCUCAUUAGGAAAAAGCAGAUGUACAUAAGGAAGGAAUCAGAGCUUGUGUACAUAGCCAGGACUCAGGAGCUGGAGCGCCAGCAGCCGGGAGUGGAGGGAGAACUCCGCAGGCUGCUGGAGAAACCAGCUUCCAAGAUAUGUUGUGCAAGUAAGCGAGAAGUUUUCAUGUCGGGACGUCAGCCAGUGGAUGUUUUUAAGAGAUGAUGUGACAAGAAAACUGAGAACACAACAACUCGCUGACAUCGUGGUGAAGAAAAUCUGGAUAUUCGUGGUGUUUGUAAUAUCAGAACAGGUUUGAAGGCUCUGAGAUAAAACUGUCAGGUUUUUAACGGGGAAGUGAGCGUCUGUGUGACAGCUGUGGCUGCUUGAUGUGAUUAAAUAUGUCGGGACAAAGUUUGGCAGUUUGAGAAAUCCUCUGAAUUUUCUCCACUAAAAAAAAAAAAAAAAAACAUGAUUUAAUGAAGCAACAAUAAAAAAAGGUGCAGUUUAAACUUUAGAAGGAACACUGUUCAUUUUUUCUUAUAAAACAUGUCU